AUGAGCCGUCCCUCGCAGCCCUCCGAGCGCCCCCAGCGCUCCGCGAAUGCCUCCGCAAGGCAACCCCUUGGCUCCCGAAGCCCCGCGAACCUCCCGCACACGGCCACCCUCGGCUCGCGAUUGGGCGCCAACGUCAUCAGCGUGCGAAGCCUGCCCAAACGAGAAGGCGGCGCCAAGCCCUUGAUUCGCAGAGCGGACUUUGGCAAAGAUGGGGCCCAGGGGACCCAGGGUCCUCGGUCGGGGCCAGGGCGCGCCGGUGUGGUGGGCGGGCGCUUCACACCUGGGCCCAACGGCCCCCGGUUCGCGCGCCCUGGCAGCCAGGGACAACAAGGUGGCCAUCCGGCGUCUCGUAUUAGGGCGAGCCUGGGCGGCGGCAGCAAGCGGCCCCCUCCCAAGCGCGCGGGCGUUAUGGAGAAGAAGCGCCGCAGCGACGACGACAAGAAGAAGGACAAGGAAGAGGCGGCCAACUCCGGGCUGAAGUCCUUGGACGAGGAGGUCCAGGCCUACGUGCGCGAGCAGCAGGUCGGCGGCCCGGAGAGGGCGUACAAGCCGUCUGUGACGCUCGAGUCGCUGGUUGGGUGGGGACCUGCGGUGGCUACCAACACAGCGCUGGGCCAGGCCGGCAUGGCGUUCCGGAGCGUCAAGGUCCUGGGAGGCGGGAGGGGAGCUGGCGAAGCGGAGCAGUCGUUCAAGAUCGACGACGUGAAGAAGUGGCUCGUGGCGAACAAGCCCAUCUACUUCUCCAAUGUUGAGCAGAAGAAGGCGGUUAUUCAGACCCUGUCGCACGAGAAGAGGGACAAGCUCGUCCAGAAGUUCAUGGACGCCAUCGUCAAGGACAUCCAGAAGAAGAAUGGCAACAACUGGGGAGCCUUCGUGGGGUCCUUCAAGGCAUGGGCCGCCAAGCUGGCGUCGAGCGAGAAGGGCAAGCAGCUGAGCGAGUCUCUCGUCAAGAGCAACGCGCGACCUGAGGACUGGCUCAAGGCGGUGGCUGAGGCUCGGGCCACUGCCGAACUCGAGAACAUGGCGAGGAAGUACAAGACGCAGAACACAAAGAACACGAAGGAGGCGAUCCAAAAGUACGUCCUCAAGGGAGAGCACCCGGAGGUCAAGUACGCCGAGGACGUCUACGGCAAGCUGGCCACGUAUCACGCUCAGGGUUCUACCUGCACCAUCGCGGACGGCGUCAAGUUCGACGAGCGGAUCAGGAAGCUUAUCAAGGUGCCCGCGGCUGGACAGGCCGCUCGACCAGCAUAG